AUGGGUCAGCCAAACAUUUGGUUCUCGCACCCGCGUAGAUACGGACAGGGAUCGCGUUCGUGCCGAGUCUGCUCAUAUCGUCAUGGUCUUAUUCGUAAAUAUGGUCUGAACAUCUCAACUCUCUCACUAUACGCACACGAUAUUGGAUUCAAAAAGCCUUUAUUAAAAUAA